CUGGCCUAAUCACGGUUUUCAGGCUUGAACUGGCUUUUGGAGUUGUCGUUGGUUGACCUGAACUUAGUAAUUCGGCUAAUCCGAAAAUCCUCAACAGCAUAGUUAUUGCGUGUUUUGGGGGUUCAAUUGAUUGAUUCAGCAAAACUGAAUAUUAGGGUUGGACUUUGUGUAGCCUUGUCCCACAAGUGAAUUUUAAAAAGGCAAUAAGUAAUUGUCUAGGUUGUAUCAGCAGGAGGAUUGUGUAGGUAAAAUCUCCUUGACGAAGUUGUGUUGUAAUUCGCCUGUCAUGUCAGUUAGCUUGCAAUUCUGGGUUUUUGACAGACAAUAUAUAAAUUUUAUAUGUGUAUGCCAAUGGGUAUAGAAUAUAGGGUUAAAACAAAUACGUCAUGAUUAAUGGUGGUGAUGAAUAUGUCACGAAUGGCAAGUAUUUAUCUACUCUCAUUGUUCAAGAGCUCCUUGUUUACAAUCUAAGCAACAGCUCUCCCAAGUCAGCUUUGCUUUGGAAGCCUCUAUCUUUGAGGAGAAAAUUUUCAUCACUGGAACAAAAGAGUCUCCCUGGAGUAGUUAACAGCAAUGGGAAAUCUUUUCUGUUGUGUGCAAGUGGAGCAAUCUACAGUGGCUAUAAAAGAAAAUUUUGGACGAUUUGAGAAGGUGCUUCAGCCAGGAUGCCAUUGCAUGCCAUGGUUCCUUGGGAAACAACUUGCUGGUCAUCUCUCUCUUCGACUACAACAAUUGGAUCUUCGAUGUGAGACCAAGACAAAGGAUAAUGUAUUUGUUACUGUUGUUGCUUCAAUUCAGUACCGUGCCCUGGCAGAGAAGGCCAAUGAUGCUUUUUACAAACUCAGCAAUACAAAGACCCAAAUUCAGGCAUAUGUUUUUGAUGUAAUUAGGGCAAGUGUUCCAAAGCUGAACUUGGAUGAUGCUUUUGAGCAGAAAAAUGAAAUUGCCAGAGCUGUGGAAGAAGAGCUUGAGAAGGCUAUGUCAGCUUAUGGGUACGAAAUUGUUCAAACACUGAUUGUUGAUAUAGACCCAGAUGAGCAUGUGAAGAGAGCUAUGAAUGAAAUCAAUGCUGCUGCAAGAUUGAGGGUGGCAGCUAAUGAGAAGGCAGAGGCAGAGAAGAUCUUGCUAAUUAAACGAGCAGAGGGUGAGGCUGAAUCUAAAUAUCUCUCUGGGUUGGGUAUUGCUCGCCAACGUCAAGCAAUUGUGGAUGGAUUGAGAGACAGUGUGCUUGGAUUCUCAGUCAAUGUACCUGGGACGACUGCAAAAGAUGUUAUGGACAUGGUCCUUGUCACUCAGUAUUUUGAUACUAUGAAAGAAAUUGGCGCUGCCUCCAAGUCUUCUGCUGUCUUUAUUCCACAUGGGCCUGGUGCUGUUCGCGAUGUUGCUACCCAAAUUCGUGAUGGCCUUCUUCAGGCUUCUCAUCAGUAGCUGCUAUUCCAUCAAGAUCUUAUAUUUCGUUUGCAUGGGAGAAUGGUGAAGCUAUAGCGCCUGUGGUUAUAUACUUGUGUUUCUGUGCAGCUUUUUGUGAUUUGGUUUUAGAAUAAACUGCUAAAUUGAUCCUCCAAAAAUGAUAACAGCAACUGAUUUAUCUUCUAAAUAUUUUUGGCAUCAAAUUAGUCCCACAAUUAUCUAAGACUUUACCACCUUUGUUCUAAAAUUAGUCUUUGAUUUGUAUCUUUGAGGGAUUGAUUUGUUGGCCAAAAUCCUUUGGAGGACCAGUUUCUUGGCAUUUUUUAUUUAUACUUUGAGACAGUCAAGUAAAUACUGUGUAUUCUGUUGUCUUUAUUUUGAAUAAUGUAUAAUAAAACUAUCAAGUAUCUGUAUAUAAAAGUUGUCUGGAUAGUGGAAGUUGCAUAUUUCUUAUA